UUUCCCUAUUCUCUCUCCUCUUGUUUCCUCUUCUCCAAGGAAUCUGGAAAAAAAAAAAAAAAACAAACCCUUUUUUUUUGCUCUUCUCCAAGGAAUCGAUCAAGGUGCGUGUUUGAUCUAAAUCGAACCUCUUUCCGACGGUAGAUUCAGAGAUCUGACAAGCCAAAUGGUUGAGUCAGAGAACCUCUGGAUUGCUUCAGAGAUGCCCUCUUCGUCGUCUCCGGCGGUAACAAAAGUCCUUGACUUUCCGAUCACAGAUUCGACUGCUGAAUUUGAAAGCCUCAGACCGCAAGUAAUAUCCUUGCCUCUGGUGGAGAAGAAGGGCUCGCCGGAGGAUAAGCUAGGUUUGACGGAAAGAGUUUUCUCCGCCGCCGGAGCUGCGUUCUUAUCCGCCGUUACUCUAAAUCCUCUCGACGUCGUCAAGACUCGAUUGCAAGCUCAAGCCGCUGGAGUUUCUUACUCUCACCCUCUCAGUUACGACAUUGGUCGCAUGGCCUUCUUUGGACCGAACAUGAUGUUUGCAGACUUGAGAUGUUCUCCUUCGUGUGCACGUGCUGGAGUUGAGGGUACUGUCUCUAUUUGCCCUCCUGAUUGUUUUCAGUACAAAGGAACCUUUGAUGUCUUCACCAAGAUCAUACGUCAGGAGGGGAUUGGACGCCUGUGGAGAGGGACUAAUGCUGGUCUUGCUCUCGCUGUGCCUAUGGUUGGAAUUUAUCUCCCGUUCUAUGAUAUGUUUCGCAAUAAGUUGGAAGAGUUAUCUCGGGAGAAUGCGCCUGCUACGACAAUAUUUGUGCCUCUUGUGGCAGGGGCAUUGGCAAGAUCCUUAGCUUGUACAGUCUGCUAUCCUAUUGAACUUGCAAGAACCCGUAUGCAGGCAUUCAAAGUAGCGAAAGCCGGUAUGAAGCCUCCAGGAGUUAUGAAAACACUCGUUGGUGUAGUCUCUGAAGUCAGGACAGUAAAUAGCCUUGAAAAUAGCUUGCACAACUAUCGUGUUCUCUGGAGAGGCUUGGGUGCACAGCUAGCCCGUGAUGUUCCCUUCUCAGCAAUCUGCUGGGCGACUCUCGAGCCAAUGAGAAGGAGGCUUCUUGGAAUCGUGGGAAACGAUACAAACGCUCUUGGUAUCCUCGGUGCAAACUUCUCCGCUGGUUUUGUAGCUGGAAGUAUAGCUGCUGCCACUACUUGUCCUUUUGACGUUGCAAAAACAAGAAGACAGAUAGAGAGGGACCCUUGUAGGGCAAUGAGAAUGACAACGCGACAGACACUCAUUGAGGUUUGGAGGGAUGGAGGGAUGAGAGGACUGUUCACAGGAAUAGGUCCAAGGGUGGCACGUGCAGGACCAUCGGUUGGGAUAGUGGUUUCCUUCUAUGAAGUGGUCAAGUAUGCUCUGCAUCGCCAUUACGCUUCAUCAUGACCCCAAACAAAGUACAUGAAUGUGGAUACGGCUUUAGGUUAUAGCUUCUCUAUCUCAACCUAAAUAAGUUGAACAGGCUCUCAAUCCUCCACCAAACCCCUUAUUUACUUUGAGCCCAAAAAAAUUGUUCAGUUAAUUAAUUUACCGGUGGUUUAAUCCGGUUUUUGUCGGGUUUGGUAAUCAAUUUUGAAGUGAAUCUCUCACAAGGAAGGCUUGGAGAAUUAAUUGAUGAUCUCUUUUAGAAGCACCACUGAGACGAAAGCAAACUUUCAUAUGUUUUUUUCUAUCUAACAGCUAUCUAAAUGAUUUCUCUUAUGCACCGCUAAAAUGCUUAUCAAAUUGUGCAAAGAUUCUAGUUCUGAAUCAAGAGACAAAAACUAUGGAAGA